CUUUGCUCACUUGUCGCUCGUUACUUGUCCUUCAAUUACACUCGUUUUCUGAUUCAUUUCGCUCUCUUACAAUGGCCUCUAAGACGCUUGUGGCCGCCUUUGUGGCGGCCUGCUUCAUGUCUAGCUCCAAUGCUAGCCCUUGCAAAGUCAGCUCCAGGUCUAGGGAUGUUUCGACCUCUACCGAGGCGCUCACUUCUACCUUGAAGGCUUCGAUGACUACCCAGACCGCAUUCUCUUCUACUGUUCUUUCGUCCACCGAGGACGAGACCAUCACUGUAACUCAAUCUGAGAGCAGCACUGAGACGUCUGCUGCCUCCGAUGAUGUCACCACUACCGCCAUCCUCUCAACAACCGAGAUCUUGUCAACGACUGAUCCUGCCACCACCCUUUCAACAAUCCAGGUCUCAUCAACAGUUGAAGUGUCGGGGUCCACCACCACCACCACCGAAGCUACUGCUGCUACACAGUAUAUCCUCAACGGCGAAUUUGACGACGAGAUUACGGCACCCUGGCAACUCGUGAACGAUGGAACACUAGCUCUCGAUGCCACUAUCAAGCACGAUGGCAGAAGCUCUGGGCAUCUGACCUCUGAAACCAACUACAUUUGGCAACCGUUCAAUUCACUCCAAGCCGGCGUCACGUAUUCGGUGUCCGCUUGGGUGCGCACAGGCUCCGGAUGCGACCAAGCUUCUAUCUGGUGUGGCUAUAAUGGUGGUACCGCCCAACAAAUGGACUUUUCUAUUUCCUCUGCAAACACAUGGCAACAGAUCUCAAACUUUUGCAACUAUAAUCAAGCUCAAGUUGCUGCCGGAGGCUUGAGUCUCUACAUUGGCAUUGAUUGUAUGACUACUGAAGAUACCUGGUUUGACUCAGUUACGGUUAGUGCGUAAGGCUUGAGAUGCAUGGUUUAUAGCUACCUUUUUUAGAAUACAAUACACUGGCAUUUUUCCA